UUAAAAAUAAAUAAAAAUGGCCAUGGACAACAGUAAGUUUGAGCAAAUGAGCAAACAUUUUCCAAAGUCAUUAAAGUUUUCAUUAAAUCCAGUUUAUUAUGGAGCCAGAGUUGGAAUUCAAGCAUACUUAGGAUUAUUAGUAGGUGGAACUUUGGUAAUCUACCUUAAUACAUUUAAUGGAAUAACAUUCCCAUACUUAUAUAAGAGAGUAAAAAUUAGAUUAAAAUAUAUAAUAGUAAAAAGUUGAAUAUCAAGCAGUACCAGAUUUCUAUUCAAAAUAAGUAUUGCUUUAUUAAAGAACAGUGCCAAAUACAGUGACACAAUUAUGAGUUUAUAAUAAUGAACAAUAUUAAUAAUAAUAGUGAUACC